CGCACACACAACUUGAUGACAAUACAAUUUCGGAGUACACAUGUCAACACCACACUUUAAAAAAAUAGAAUAAAUUAUUUAAUUUGUCGUAGAUUUGCGAUAGAAUAAUUUUCUUUUAUUGAAGAACAGACUACCUCAUUUUAUAACUAUCUACGGAUACCUAAACCCCUCUUGGCUGAUCCGACACGAACAUUAUUACUACGAUAGAUUGCGUUUAUUUUCAUCGAUCCUUGGCUUCACCGUCAGCGCUGGUCGCCUUAGCCCACGGCGCCUUUUCACGCACGGCGACUUAAACACUUUGAUCUCAAUCAUCACGUACUUUCCUCUAUAAUCCUUCUCGCUCUUUUCCCGCCUUCUUCCCGCCUAUCGCCAAGAUGCCUUCGUCUCAGCGCCCAUUCUUCCUAUCUUCCUUCCUCGCCGCCUUCCGACAACAGACACCGCCGGCCCUCUCAGCAACGUCACAACCUAACAAGCAUACCUCGCAGCCUGCAUCAGGUUCCUCGCCUUCGGGGGCGCGAUCAAUCUCGUCAACAUCCCAUGCCCAUGCCCAGGCCCAAUCACCAUCACAACAACAGCCUCAACAACGAACAGGGGGUGUUAUGAAUCAACUACCCUUGCAGUCACCACCUCGACAUCAUCACUCCCCGCAACCACAUCGCCCAGGCAUGCCUAUCCCAGCUCCCGGCCGUCGGCGAGGUAGUGACAGUAGUAGUGAGGGUUUCCGCGAUGUACUUGGUGCUGAUAAGUGGUACAUUGGAGGUCGGACAGCCGGUGGCGAUGAGCGAUUCUUCAAGUUAGGUGUUGUAAAGCGGGUACGGAGUCAAGAUCGCUUGAGUUUAGACAGGUUAAGUCUAUGAUCACUCUCAUAAAACAGCUCACCACCGAAAUCGGGCCGAAUCAUGCGGACUGCCCACUUGUGGGGACUUACGGUCGGGAAG